GGCCGGUGCAAGUUUGUUGAGAGGAUUUGUAUCUCUUCAAUGGCAAUGGCUAUCGUCAUUGACAAUGAAGAAGCAAAGAUGCUGGUUCAAGCUCAAGCUCAUAUAUGGAACCACAUCUUUAACUUCCUAAAUUCCAUGUCGCUUAAAUGUGCAGUUCAACUUGGCAUACCAGACGUCCUCCACAGCCAUGGCAAACCCAUGCUCCUCUCUGAGUUGGUUUUGGCUCUUGGGGUCCCUCAAUCGAGGACUGCUUGUCUUCACCGCCUCAUGCGUAUGUUGGUGCAUUCUGGCUUCUUUUCUAUGCACAGAGUUUACAAGGAUCCAGAGGAGGAAGAAGAAGAAGAAAAAGGGUAUGUGCUCACUCCUUCUUCGAGGCUUCUCCUCAAGGAUAAUCCCUUGAAUGUGUCUCAAUUCUUAAUAGCAAUGCUUGACCCAGUACUUGUAACUCCUUGGCACUUCUUGAGUGCAUGGUUCCAAGGGAAUGGAUUGGCUACGCCAUUUGAGGCUACAAAUGGAAGGGCGUUCUGGAACUAUGGGGCCCAUGAUCCCGAGUAUAAUAACCUAUUCAACGUGGCCAUGGCUAAUGAUGCUCGACUGGUGAUGAGUGUUGUUCUCAGAGAGUGUGAGGCUACUUUCCAAGGAUUGGGGUCAUUGGUAGAUGUAGGGGGUGGAACAGGAGCGGCGGCCAUGGCCAUUGCUGACAAGUUCCCUCAGUUGAAGUGCAUAGUGUUUGAUCUCCCUCAUGUAGUGGGGAAUUUGGUUGGAAGCAAGAAUCUAGACUAUGUUGGAGGAGACAUGUUUGAUUUUAUUCCCCAUGCAGAUGCUGUUUUACUCAAGUGGAUUUUACAUGACUGGAGUGAUGAGGAAUGUGUGAAGAUAUUGAAGCGGUGCAGAGAAGCAAUUCCCUGCACGGACAAAGGAGGAAGAGUGAUCAUAAUAGAUAUGGUGAUAGGUGACAAUAAAAUGGAGAACGAGUUAACUGAAACACAGCUCUUGUUUGAUAUGUUGAUGAUGGGUUUAGUUACCGGAAGAGAAAGAAGCAAACAAGAAUUGGAGAAACUCUUAUUGGAGGCUGGUUUUACUCACUAUAAGAUAAUUCCCAUAUUGGGGUUAAGGUCUCUCAUCGAGGUUUAUCCCUAGUGACCUAGCUAGUAAUAUGUGCUAGUUUUAUGACAAUUGUUUUUCUACUUCUUUAUUUAUCAUGUUUUUUUGCAAGCGUGUUUCUUUCAUGUAUUAAUUUAAAUGCCUAAUAAUAUUUGGGACUGGUUUAUGGUAUAAUGCUGAUAAGCUCCAAUGUACAAUAUGUGGUCAUGUAAUGUUGGACAUUUCAAAAACGCUAAAAAUGCCUUUGCUUGCUUUA